GCAUAAAGUGUUUCACGCUUACAUCAAAAUGAACAGACUUGACAACUAGUAUCGUUAAUACGUACAGUGGAAAAUUGUGAAAAAUUAUUUAAAUAGGAAUACGGGAACGUGUAUCGUACGGUUUAAUAACAAGAAAAUAAUUAUUUUAUUGUAUAUCUCGCCCCGCAAAUUCAUAAUUACUUAGUUCACACUUUAUACAGAGACUUUACAACACCCCUCCUAUUCCUAUGGUGGUGAAAAAUUUCCUGGAAAGGAUUGAAACGGAAUUCCGUGGGAUUUUUGGAUAUUUUUUCGACGUGACCAAAAGUGUUUUUUGGCGGUAGCGAUUUCCGAUAAGGAAACUAGGUACCCUGUGCUUUUGCCACUAAAUAACAAUACAAUGCACUUAAUUGAAGACUUCUACACAACUCCAGCAAUACCUAGCAUAUUGACAAAAAUAUACGACGUUCUUCAAUUGCAACUGCGUGGGAUUUUCGGGAUAUUUUUCGAGACAAAAGAAGCGGAGCAUAAACCACAUUGAUUAAUUAUAUUAACAAAAAAAAAAAACAUGCGCAUUCUCAUGUUAAUUGCGAUGAUAACGAAAGUGACAAGCAAAACAAUAAUAUGUGACGGAAUCAUCUUCAACGACGUAUAUUACAAGCAAGAGGUACUCUUCACAGACAUCGGCAAACCUAUCAACCUUUUCAUACAUAAAUUCUCAGGUGUCAUAUUCUUUUCACAUACAAUAACUAAUGGAACUUCCAUCGACUUUGCGAUAAGAAGUUGUCACAUAGACAGUAGAGUGUGCAAUGAAGUUAAAGGGCUACCAAGUGGGUAUGCAAUUGGAUAUGAUGCUCAAUUCGACGAAAUUUUUAUGGGCGGCUCGGACGGCAUAUAUCAAUACAACUUUAUAACGAAAACCGCUACUCCCUUCGGAGCAGAAGAUAAAAACAUUUGGGCGUUGUACGUUAAUAAAAAUUUCUAUUACAUUCAAUAUCCAUCUCAAAAGCUCUAUGUCCUCCAAGAAGAUGGUUUUUUCAAAGUCGCCGAAGCAACCAAAAUUGAAGUCGAACAAUUCUUCAUAUCCAGAGACAAGAGCGUCUACUAUUCAAAUAAAACAGCGUUAUACAAAGUUGAACUUAGAAGCAGAAAAAUUAUAGUAUUAAAUGAUGAUAUUGUUGUGAGACAAAUAGCUGAGGACAAGUAUGGCGAUGUCUACUUCUGUGCAAGUAAUGGAAUUUAUGUUGAAGAUAAGCCUUACAGAAGAAUCAAAUGUUUAGCUAAGAUCGAUGACUUGUACGGACUGACUUUUGAUGAGUUAGAUCGUGUAAUUUAUUCAGAUGCCACAAGUAUAUACAGAUUAGAUAAGAGUAACUAUAGUAAGUUAUGUUAUGAAGCAAUACGUGGAAAGAUAGUUCAACCCCAGGAACCUGUUACAACAGUACCUCUAAGAGGAAACGAUCUAAAUGUCAGACCAAGAGACAGUAUUGAUAGCGCGUUAAUCGCCAAAAUCAGAAACAAUGCUUAUAGGCGUAUUAAUAACCGCCGCUCUAAUCUCGACCGUGAGCGAAUCGCACAAUUUGUACACUAAUUCAUGUGACAGCGUGAAAAUACGAGGGACUUGGUACAUAAAGGUGGUCAUAUGGAAGGAUGUGAUACGUCCAAUGAAUCUAAACGUCCACAAAUCGUCUAACACUUUGUUCUUCUCGUAUUCUGUCAGUGACA